AUGCGUGAGCAUCUGCAAGUCGUCUUGAUCGAGUGUGGUCAUCCCGCUCUGGAUAAGUUGAGUAAAGCGGGAUCAUUCAAAAGAAAAAAGUAUACCCUUGAGAACCAUGAGUGUAUUCCAAACGCCCUCCGCCAAAUCAACCAUCGCGACAAGUUCUGCAUCAUGAAUGUCCAGUCGGGUUUUUGCUUGGGUUAUCAGUUUCCCUGCAUCUCGAACAUCAUUGAUACCCUCGGCUUCCGAUGCCAAAGACGCGUCUUUGCACAACAUGCGAGCGCCAGAAACGAGGGUCUCCACCCAGUGUUUGUUGGUGUCUGUGUCCUCGCGUCCGUUUGGCGAGUGGCAAGUCCCCAGAAACUUGUAGUAGGCGCGUCAUAUGUCGCAUUAUGCGAUAUGAGUUGA